ACUCUCCCUUCAGAGGAAGGGGAACACGUCAGAGCACAGCAGAUAUGGCAGCCGAGUGCACCGGAGCGGCUCUAGAGGAAACUGACGAAGUUAAUUCAUCAGAUUUGGAGUUCCAGGAUCAUGGUGGCAACAUACCGAAGAGACAUGCCCGGGUUACCGUGAAGUACAACCGGAAGGAGCUGCAGAGGCGGCUGGAUGUGGAGAAGUGGAUCGACGAGUGUCUGGAGCGGCUGUACGCGGGGCAAGAAGGUGAUAUGCCAGAGGAGGUGAACAUUGACGACCUGAUUGGCCUGCCUAACAAUGAUGAGCGAGUCAAAAAGUUACAGGAGCUUCUUCGAACGUGCAACAACAACACAGAGGCCUUCAUCAGAGAGCUGGUGGUGAAGCUGGAGGGGGUCCACAAGCAGGAGGAGCUGCAGAGCGAAGGCAUCGAGCAUCCCGUCAUCUGCCACAGCCACUACCGCCACGAGCCCUACCACUUCAACAACCAUCAGUAACCCCACCAAUACACCCGGCGCCCAAACCAGGCUCUCCAAGGACCCCUCCACCUGAUCACACUGCCGCAAAACUGGUUGUUUCUUUUGAACUAUGCAAGACGGACAAAUCUACCUUAAAGCUCAUUAAGACAUUAUAUCUCAAGCAGACUUUGGUUGCCUGGCAACCUCAGUGAUGACAGGAAGUUAGUGCUCCUGGCAUAAAACACAAACACAACAAUGUUUAUAUUUCCCAAAAUGUAAAACUAUUCCUGUAACCACUUAUUUAAGAAACAACCCUUUUUCACAUGUCUCGUGUUAAUAUUCAAGACUAUGACAUGAAAUAUAAAUAUGAAAGAUAAUCCUAGGAGUACAAGUUUCUCUCUAGAGAUGCCAUUUAGCACAAACAGUCAUUUAUUAUACAGGGAAAGAAUAUGAUAGAAACAUAAAUGCGUUCCCACUAAGUAUUCCAGCACAUUCUUUGCAGCUCUAGAAGCUGUAACUCUCAAUUUUACUUGACUGGAAAACCCUAUUUUAUCUCAGUCUCACUGCUGUUAUCCCCAUAUCCGCUGGUUAGAGGCAACCGUUUCUGGGACUAACUGAUCAAGUCAUUGAAGGAAAGCACUCUAACACUCUUGACAUAUAUGACUUAUUUAACAUUAGUUAGAUUAUGAUGUCAUGAAUGUUACAGUAUUUAUUGUCAUGCUCACAGGACAUGAAGUUAGAUCCAAGUGUGACACUGGAAGUAAUCCUGUUGCAUUGCUUACACACUGUUGCUUUUUAAUCUUUUACUGUCAUGCAUCCCUUCCCUUUUUGAGAUAUAGUGUUACUAUAUUUUAAGAUUUUCCAGUACAUUCGCAAUUUGUUUGUAUUGAGCAUGAGACACUAGUCCUUUAAUUUGCAGGAUUUCUAAAUAAAAAAUGUGUUCUCUGUGG